GAGCAAGCAGUUACGUCUUUCUGGUUCGUUGCAUUUAAUCGGAUUCCUACAGCUGCAGAGCAGAGGCAGAGAAUUAGGGGGUGGUUUUUUGUUGUUUUUUUAAGUCGGUCUUUUAAUAAUGUUUACUUCAAAAUCCAACUCGGUCUCUCCUUCCCCCUCCAUGGAUCCUGCAGAUCUGGAUGCCUUGGAUAUCCGCACCAAAGUGCAGCUGUAUGGAGUGCUCUGGAAGAGACCGUUCGGGAGACCGUCAGCCAAAUGGUCCAGGAGAUUCUUUAUCAUCAAGGAAAGUUUUCUGCUUUACUAUGCUGAGAAUGAAAAGAAGAACUUUGAAAAUAAUCGGUACUUCAAUAUCCAUCCAAAGGGUGUCAUACCUCUCGGUGGUUGCAUCGUAGAAACUAAAGAAGAACCCAGUAUGCCUUAUGCAAUGAAAAUCUCCCACGAGGACUUCCAUGGCAACAUUGUGCUAGCAGCAGAAUCAGAAUAUGAACAAGCCCAGUGGCUGGAGAUGCUUCAGGAGUCUGGAAAAGUGACCUGGAGAAAUGCUCAGCUGGGCGAAGCCAUGAUUGAGAGCCUUGAGGCUCAGGGACUCCAACUGGCCAAAGAGAAACAGGAGUAUUUAGAUAAAUUGAUGGAAGAGACAGAGGAGCUGUGCCUACAGAGGGAGCAGAGAGAGGCUCUGGAGCAUCUCAACCAAGUAUUGGAGGCAGAAAAGCAGCAGUUUGAAGAGGUAGUACAAGAUCUUCGAGGGGAACAGGAGCAGAUUAAACGAGAGCUGGAAAUGACUGCCCAGUCCCUCAAAGGGGUAGAAGAAGAAAAGAAAGGACUACAAAGUCUGACAGAAACAUUACAGAAGACAUUGGAAGAACUCUCCCUGGAAAAACAGAACAUGCUGGAGAGGCUGGAAGAAGAUGGAAGUCAUUUGCAGCCCCAGAACAGCUCUUUGGAACAACCUGGUGCUACAGGGGAUCUGCAGAGCAGCCUCCACCAGAUUGAGGAGAAAAUGCACCAGCUGCUGAAGGAGAAACUCCUAGCAGAGAAAAGAAUGAAGGAGAAUGAAGAGCGCUCCCGAGCUCUGGAAGAAGAGAGGGAGUUCUAUUCGUCCCAGUCACAGGCCUUACAGAAUUCCCUAUCUGAGCUGACAGCCGAGAAGCAGAAGACUGAGAGAGACCUCAAGGCAGAAGUGAAGGUGCGCAUGGACCUGGAGAAACGCUUGCAGGAGGCCGAAGAGGCCCUGCAGAGCCUUGAACAAGGCUUGAACUGCAAGCAUCGCAACAAAGAGAAGGAGGAAAAAAUGAAAGCUGAUGUCAGCAAUCUGAAAAAAUUCUUUGAAGAGUGUAUCCGGAAUGCUGAAUUAGAAGCCAAGAUGCCAGUAAUUAUGAAAAAUUCUGUGUACCUCCACAAGGCUGCCACUCGCAGGAUAAAAAGUUGCCGAUUUCAUCGUAGGAGAUACAGCAAUUCGUGGAAUAACUGUAGUGCGGCAAUCACAGUCAUUCAUGUACUCAGAAGCAGAAAACAUAGAAGAGCUGAAGCAAGCUGCCAAGAGGCUAAGCCAGGACCAGCACUUCCGGGAAACCAUCUAUCAAAUCAUGGUGUCGCAUCAGGACUCCUCCUCAGGCAACAAAAAGUGAAUCUUUGCCCACUCUGCUGUCAGGGAAGGUCUAGACUCAGCUUCUCAUUUCACCCACAAGAGACAAAUUGAUUUGCCUAGAUGCAGAAGUAUGAUAGCAGUGCCAAUUUCAGGAGGUAGUGAACAAAACACUUUUCAUUGUGGAGUGUUGCAGUUGGACCAUUAUUCUCAAUCAGAGGUUUCCGUGUAGCUUGCUGUAACUGUUUGGCUGUCCAUUCCUGUCAUAUUAACUGACUCCGCUUUCCUCUCAACUUCCUUUAUCAAGAUCCAUGGUUUAGAAAAUGCCCGGCCAGUCCUUUCCUACCAGGAAGAAAUACAUGUACAAAAGAGGUGCAUCAAGUGAUAAGCCCAAGGAGUAAAUCAUCUAUAAAGGGAAAGAUACUGCAACCUGCUUUUAUAUAUUUCUGAUUGGAGGCCAAUGAAGGCUAAAAUUCUCCUUGCUUUAUGUGCAGACAGUUCUCCAAAUAUUCAGAUAGCCAAUUACUGGACAAUUUCUGUAUUCACUAUAGUUUGGUGGCAAGAAACAUCAUACUUCUAAUAUUGUCUUCCAGGUUCAGAUGUCACAAGGAGCUCUGGUUAGAUGAAGUACCACUGGGUACUUUAGAAUGUUUAGAAUAUGAUCCCAACCUGGAAACAUCCAGAUCACUAGAUCUUUAACUGAUCUGUUUAAGUGUUUUGGGCAAACCAAGCCUACAUGACAUUUUUGAGCUAUUUAAAAUAAUAGUAUAACCUUGUAGCUUUCCCAGGGCAGCUUCUUGGAAACCAGUGGUACAACUGUUUUAUUUCGUGCCUAAAAUCAGGCUGCUUCUCCCUGUGGGCCUUUCCUUCAAUGCACACAAACAGCCAAACUACUGAACUCAGAUCACACACUGGCUGUUAAACUGAUGUGCAGGUCAUAACGUGUUGAAAUAGCCACGAACCACAUGUUACGCUAGCCUAAAGCCUGGAUAGACAUUCUCUUCAUUUGAUGCAAUAGAAGGGUUUUCCCUUAAAAGGAUCUUCCGCUUUUCAUUAGCCAUUUUUUCCAAACAGAAUAAACCUAAGUGGGUGUAAGGGUAGAGAACCCUGUGAAAAAAAGGCAAGAAUACUUGCCUUUCCCAGGGAAGUUUCC